CUUUUGCGCAAUAUAACCACCCUGUGCUGUCGUUUAGCUGUCAACGCUACUGUCAACAAGUAGGCGGCAAAAUUGUUUUGUUUUGGUAUUUUCGCGUUGCAUUCCUUUGUAGCGCAGUUCCUCCCGUUGUUAGCGAAGUAACGCACGUCCCCAAAAAUGUUGUUUCCCGAGGACACAAACUUUUCCAACCCUUCGGCCGACGGCGCACUUGAGCGACUAACAGUGCCGUACACCUACAAAUCGGAAUGUUUCCAUUUCGUGAAGAAAGAUUUCUCCAAACAGUUCGCUUUCAUCUAUGCGUCCCGGUUGGAGGAGAUGCUGAAGCUGUUGGAAGCGAGCGUACAGCGCAAGUGGGGCAGCGAAAUGCCGAUCAAAAGGCUGGCCGAUCUGCGUGAGGACUGUCCACAGAAGUGUGUUAUUAUUGGAACCCUGUUUAAGCACCAGGAACUGAAACCGAGCAUCUUGCGGGAAAUAUCGGAGGAAAAUCAGCUGGCUCCACAGCCACCCCGCUCGCACUACACGAACGAUAAUGAUAUUUUGAUACUGGAAGAUGCUCUGCAGCGUAUCAAGCUGGUCGGGAAGAUAGACGUACACUCGAUAGUGACGGGAGUGGUGUGUGCCGUCAUGGGAUAUGAGGAAAGCGAUGGACGGUUUUUCGUCGAGGAUCACAUUUUCUAUGAGGGAGGUCCUCAAAAAGAGUUACAGCCUCUGGAAACCUCUCCGUUGCUCGUUUUGAUGUCAGGAUUAAAUCAGACUGCUGCCAAUGAUUUUUCUCCUUCACUGGAACUACUGCAACAGUGGGUUUUUGGCAAUCUCGAAGGUCUCGUCGAGGGACACGAUUGGGAAGCGGCCAGCAUCGUACGCAUCAUCAUCGCGGGCAAUUCGGUGAAGGCGAGCUCGAAACCGAAAAAUCAUCUACAAUCGAAGGUCACCACCGAAACGGACGCUCUCCUUGGUGCGGUAAAAUCCGUCGACUCGUUGAUACACAAUCUCGCCCAAUCGGUCCCGGUCGACCUGAUGCCAGGUGAGUUCGAUCCGGCCAAUCACAUGCUACCGCAGCAAGCGAUGCACCACUGUCUGUUUCCGCGUUCGGUGCAGUUCAGUGCGUUCAAGGGUGUACCCAAUCCGUACGCCUUUGAGCUAGCCGAUCGGUACGUGGUCGGAACGUCCGGGCAGAAUGUGCAGGAUGUGAUGCGUUACUCCAAGAUACCGAACGCACUGGAAGCGUUGCGAGCAACGCUACGCUGGAGCCACAUCGUACCGACCGCCCCGGAUACGUUGCCGUGCUAUCCGUACUACCAACAGGAUCCAUUCAUUAUCGGCGACUGUCCGCACGUAUACUUUGCCGGGAAUGUGGGCGAAUUCAGUACGGAGCUGUGGACGGGUGCUAACGGGCAACAGACGCGACUGGUAUGUGUGCCUUCGUUUUCGGAAAACCAAAGCAUCGCUGUCGUUAAUCUGCGAACGAUGGAAUGCCGCAAGAUUAGCUUCAAAAUGGAUGGGUUGGAAGGAGGAGAGGAGUGAGGAGGAGGAAGAGGUAGAUUUUAAGUUCUCUUUCCAUCAGUGUGUUCAAUACAAAGCUACGAUAAGAUCUGGUAAGAAUAAUUCUGUUCAAAUGUUCGAUCGAGUUUCACCUUAAACGCAUUAAAAGUCAUUAAAAAAAUACUUUCUCUUCCUUUAAAAUUUCUUUCAUCUCACGCCCAAAACACAGCACAAAGCUUUAACAUUGGAAUGUGAUUUUAUUUUCACAGCGCACACUUGUACGGUGGCGAAAUCUACGAAUUUUGCUUACGUGGUUGUGGCCCAUAUUGAUCAGUUUUCGUUCUACAAACAUUCACAGAUACACGACUAGGAUUGGUAGAUGUAAGAAUGGAGAUGUAACUAAACUUUUACAAUGCAUUUGGCACACAUACACACAUCGAUGCAGGAUACGAAUGGAAAGGGAAAGCGUGAGUGUGGAAAACGAUAUUGCGACAGGGCGUCCACAGGUCCACAUGUGCCGGGACGAUGGAUAUACUGGAGAUGAAAACGAGUUUAUUCUGUUUGAAGAAGGAGCGAAAACAUGAUUCCCCAUUCUAGUGUUACUUACGCUAGUUGUAAUGCUUACGAGCUACGAUGCAAUGUGUUGUUGCAGAUUUAAAAGCGAAUCAAACUUGCUUAUCAGAUAGCUUAAUGUACAUGUAAUGCUUUAACAAAGCUUACUACUACACACUGAGACCACUUCCCAGCACAGCUUUGGCUGACAAUUUACACUUCCGUCCUUUUAUGAUGCCUCUUCACAUUUGUUGGUCUGUUUCAUGCAGUGAAACGACCAGUUUUCUACAACAAAACUAUUGAAAAAAAUAAUAUUUAUGACCAGGCCAUAUUUCUUUUAAAAUCUUCUGACCAAAUUAUGUUAUUUUUGAAGUUGGAAAAUUUGGAAAAAUGAAAUAAUUCUAAACGUCUUAUAAGAUGUCCGUGAGAUACUAUAUUGAGGCCCUUGCAAUGGCGGAUCAACCAAGGAACGGAAGGGCCGCUCGCGAUCUCGUCAGUAAGGAGGGCCUCGCCCGCUAGGGAAAUCAUAAUGAUCUUACUCACAAACGAGUUACAAUUGCAGGGGCCUCAACUGCCAUUCCUCUUGGGGCCUCCAAAGUCAUGUUCCGCCACUGGGUUCUUAGCUACCAGUUUCUUGCUGCUGUUUUGUUUAAGCAAGAUUGUUCCAAUGAGAACAAAAUUGAGUUACUGAACUAGCCCGACCUUCAUUUGGGUGUGAAUCUAAUCUACUUUCAUUAUAACUAAAUUAAGCGUAAUAUACAAUAAUAUAAUAUUAACAGAACUGGGGCCAAAUAUGUACGGCAAUAAUUAGUUUUUAGCAAUACAUUUCUUAUGGCUCUCUUGAAAA